AUGUAUUCAACCGCUUACCAGUUCAUCGAGCAAAUAAAGUGCUACAACUGUCUGCAGCUAGGGCAUUAUCAGAGCCAAUGUCAACGACCUCAACGUCCCUAUGGAUCGUGCCUUCGGUGUUCACAGACGGGCCAUUCACAUCGAGAAUGUCCAAGCCGUAGUAAAAUACCAGCCGCCGCUGUGAAUCCAACAAACGAGGACUCGGGCUUUUUACAACAAAUUCAAGCCAUGCAGGAGGAAGCCCCAGAAGUUUUAUAAAUGAAAAUUUGGUUCCUCCAUGCCUCUUGAAACAACCGGAAAAUUCAGGAUAUUGCGGUUUAGGUAACAGUGCGCUAC